UCAGCAUCAGCAAGAGAAGAAUGUCCAGAGCACUUCAGGUGGAUCCACGAGGAUCUGAAGCCAUGGAAGAGCAGAGGAAUCAGCCGGGACAUGGUGGAGAGAGGCACCGCCAACAACAUGUCCAAUUUCAGGCUCAUCAUCUUCAACGGAAAGCCUUACCUUAAAAAGUACAAGAAUUGUUUUGCCACCAGGGACGUCUUCACUCUCUGGGGAAUCUUGCAGCUCCUGAGGUUGUACCCUCACAGAGUCCCAGAUCUGGAGCUCUUGUUCGAAUGUGAUGAUCAGACCGUCGUCAAGAAGACCAGUUUUCCCGGCAAUAUUCCUCCGCCUCCUCUUUUCCAUUAUUGUGGGGAUCAUAAUUCCUAUGAUAUUGUCUUCCCGGAUUGGACUUUCUGGGGCUGGGCUGAGACUAACAUUAGGGCAUGGGAGAGAAUAUCAAAGAGAAUAGAAGAGAACAACCAGAAGAGGCAGUGGAAGGAUAGAGAACCCUUUGCAUUUUGGAAAGGCAAUACCAGGGUGGCUCCUACACGCAAUGCUCUCGCUCACUGUAAUGCCUCCGAUCAAAAUCAAUGGAAGGCCCAUGUUUAUUCUUUGCAAUGGGAUAAGGAAGCUAAACGAGGGCUUAACAACCACACAAAGCUGGAAAAUCAAUGUGACCACAGGUACAAGAUAUAUGUGGAAGGGAGGUCAUGGUCAGUGAGUGAGAAAUACAUACUGGCAUGUAACUCAAUGGCCUUAUUAGUACAGCCCAAUUACUAUGACUUCUUCUCAAGAAGUUUGGUGCCUCUUCGCCAUUAUUGGCCCAUCUCCAUCCAAAACAUGUGCCAACACAUCACUUUUGCUGUUGAAUGGGGCAACUCCAACAUCGACAAGGCAGAAGCAAUUGGGAAAGAAGGAAGCAAGUUCAUAAGACAGAACCUGAGGAUGGAGCUGGUGUAUGACUACAUGCUUCAUGUGUUACGAGAAUAUGCGAAGCUGUUGAGGUUUGAGGCCACCAUAUCAGAAGGAGCCGUCGAGCUGUCUCUUGAGUCAUUGGCCUCUAUGGUUAAUAGAAAGGCCAGGAAGUUUCUAGAAGAUUCCAGGGUGAAGAAGCCAGCCACAGAUAGAGCUCCCUGCAAAAUGCCUCCUCCUUUUCAACCUCAAAAGCUUCAUGUCUUGCUCCACACAAAGGAGAGUCUCGUCAAGCAGGUGGAGAUGGAGGGCAAUCAAUACUGGCAAACCCUUCAUAAUACCAACUAG